CACAUAUACAUACAAUAUACAUACACGCAGAGAGAGAGAGAGAGAGAGAGAGAGAGAGAGAGAGAGAGAUGGAAGGACUGACGGAAGACGAGAAAAAGGCGCUAAGAGGAAGCAAAUUUGCGCCUCUUCCACCAGGAACCAAUCAAACUCGACCCCAAUCCAGGCUGGCACACCCUGGGGGGCCGAUGAAGACAAACAAGGCGGCCGCCUUAGCAAAGUUCCUUGAAAGAAAGCUUCAGGAGCCAAAUGGGCUUGCUUCUGUUGAUCCGAAGCUUGUUGAGUUAGCUGUGAGAAACGCCAAACAAACUGUUCAAUGCAGUGGGGCUUCAACAUCAGGAAGAAUCGUCCAUCAUGUUAACAAGUUUGAUGAUGUUGAGGACUUGGAAAGAGAGGAUAUAAAUGGAACCUCCUUGCCAAAAAAACUUAAGCAGAAGAAGAAAAAGAAAAAGAAGGAAAAAAAUCAAAAGAAAAAGCAAAAGAUCCUCCGCGCUUUUGCAGAAAUUGGAUGAUUCUACUACCGAUGUAUCAAACAGACCGAAAAAGAAGUUGAAACUAUGACCUACUUGAAUAUCCCUAUUUGUUACAAAUGCAAGAGAUGCCGAAACCAACCAGCAUGGAGCUUAUGAUAUCGGAUUCUGAUGUCAAUCAGCUACAAAAUAGAUGCUGAUCCUUUUCUGCUCUCUCUCUCUCUCUCUCUUCUCAUUUUUUGGAGAUUCAUUGAAUACCAUAUAACGUAGACACCAAGAGCUAGAUUUGUUUAGGAACACUGUCACAGAAAUUUAACUUGGUUGAAGUGUAUUUUUUUUGUGCUUCCUUUCUCUAUUAAGCUAAAGAAGCAAAUACAGAGUUCAUUUUUGCAAUGGAUACAUAUUGCUAUGUUGACACCA